AUGUCGGGGGACAGCAGCGGCCGCCGGUCCGAGGGCCGGGGCCGGGGCCGGGGCCGCGACCCGCACCGGGAUCGCGCCCGCUCCCGCUCGCGGUCCCCGCUGUCGCCCGUGUCCCGCCGCGGCGCCGCGCCGGAGCGCAGGGAGGCCCCGGAGCGCCCGAGCCUGGAGGAGACGGAGCCGUCGGAUUCCGGGGACGAGAUGGUGGACCCCGCGAGCCUGGAGGCGGAGACCGACCACGGCCUGUGCCGCCAGAUCCGCCAUCAGUACCGGGCGCUCAUCAACUCGGUCCAACAAAACCGUGAGGAUAUACUGAAUGCCAGCGACAAAUUAACAGAGGUCCUUGAAGAGGCCAACACUCUGUUUAAUGGAGUGUCCCGAGCAAGAGAAGCCGUGCUGGAUGCCCAGUUUCUUGUUUUGGCUUCAGAUUUGGGCAAAGAGAAAGCAAAGCAGCUGCGUUCUGAUCUGAACUCAUUUGAUAUGUUAAGAUAUGUUGAAACUCUACUGACACAUAUGGGUGUAAAUCCGCUAGAAGCUGAAGAACUCAUCCGUGAUGAAGAUAGUUCUGAUUUUGAAUUCAUAGUCUAUGACUCCUGGAAAAUAUCAGGCAAAACAGCAGAAAACACCUUUAAUAAAACCCAUACAUUCCACUUUCUGUUGGGUUCAAUACAAGGAGAGUUCCCUGUGCCAAAGCCACGAAGCGAUCGUCCAAGAAAAGGUCCCACGACAGAAGAGAAGAAGACAAUGCCUGACCAGUUAAAUGAAAUGGAAGAGUCUCAUCAAGAAGCAACGGAAAAAGAAGUGGAAAGAAUUUUGGGAUUGCUGCAGACGUAUUUUCGAGAAGAUCCUGAUACACCUAUGUCCUUCUUUGACUUUGUGGUUGAUCCACAUUCUUUCCCCCGGACAGUGGAAAACAUCUUUCAUGUUUCCUUCAUUAUAAGGGAUGGUUUUGCAAGAAUAAAGCUUGACCAAGACCGACUGCCGAUAAUAGAGCCUGUUAAUAUUAAUGAAGAAAGUGAGGGAAUUGACCAAAACACCCAAAUUAGGAAUCAAGGAAUCAUAGCUCUGAGUUACCGGGACUGGGAGGAGAUCGUGAAGACCUUUGAGAUCUCAGAGCCGGUGAUCGCUUCAGGCCAGAGCCAGCCAAGGCUAAGCACCUGACACCAGCAAAGGACUCAAAUGGAUAGUGAGAUCCAAAAAGGAAAGCAGCAUGUAUUGUAUAUAUUGUAUGAUUAAACAUUUUUAAAAGACAGAUUGUUUUUAGUAAAAUGUAGCUUUUGAUAGUUAAUGAAUUUGUCAUGGUUGUCUUUGAUUAAAGGAAAUUCACUGCCAUAUUCACAAAUAAUUGUAGUUACUCUUUAUUUUCCCAUCAUGCCAGAGUCUGCCCUUUCUCCAGUCCUGUCCCACUGAAACUCUGUUGGCUAGGUUGUUACAGCCUGUACAGCAUUAUGGUUCUUUUCACGCCUCUUUAGCUGUAAAAUUAGCUGGUCAAGUCCACAAAUCUUAGGUUGAACUAUAUGAAAUUGUUUUGUAAGGAAAACACAGUCACAUAUCAGCAGUUUUAUAGGCGCAGCCUGUGAUUUAGACAUAGGAAACUCUUUCAGUCGUCUCCCAGGCCAGGCUGGACACUUGUCCCCAGCGGCAGUCCUGUCUGCACACACACCACAGAAGAAAACCAUCCUGCAGGGUGGACACCCCCCCCCCACCCCCCACCCCCGUGCUUCCCAUCUUUGCUGGCCCCUCAGGCCUGGCUUUGAUGUUUUUUUGCCCCUCCCUCAUCCCCUUUCCCACUCUCCAGCAUUCUACAUCUUCCUUCUCUGGGUCCCAGUCCUUCCUGGUGCGCGGGUGUGUCCGCCACCCUCCAUACCUAGCGCUUUCCCUUCAACCAUGGUUAUCUCUCAUAAAACAACUGUCGUGACCUUUAGUUACUGUCCUGUCUCUUCCUGGAAUAAGAAUUACUUGCGUGCUCCCCUUCUGGCCAUCCUGGAACCUGGGCUGAGGAGCACCUCCUUCCCCAGCAUUCCCCAGAGGCUGUUUUCGGCCAAAUUGGGGAUUCCUUCCCAAAUAGUUUGAUCCCAGGGUUAAAUGCUAUGCAUUUGACACUUAAAAAUCCACUCCUGGAGGGGUGCCCGGGUGGCCCAGUCGGUUAAGUGUCUGACUCU